AUGUGGAAAAGACUCAACAACCCUAAGGGCCGCCAACCGACAUCUCCUGUUCAUAGAUCCUACGACGAGAAGGAUUCUGGGUCCACGGGGUUGGGAAUCAAUCGAGUGCAAUCACCUCCCGGCAAGGGCAGACCACCUCCGAGGCCUUCUCGCGAUGAUAUGCCCCCCAGAGAACUUCCUCAUCUCCCGUUUCAAGAACAGCCGCCCCCUCCCCCAGAACAUCGCGAUUCGAAGUUCAGACCUACUUCGUCAAUCUAUUCACAACCCUCCCCUAACGCUAUAACGACCCGAUUUUCACGAAACCAGUACACAUCCCGGCAAAACCCGUACCCAGAAGAAGAGGUGUCCCCCCCAAGUUCGCCCGAGUUUGAUGGUUCUAUGAAGAAGAGUAGCCAGUUUGAACCUGUUUCUCCAAUAGACGAGAUGCCAGAUGUGAACCGACCAAACUUUAGUCAGAAUAAGCCCCCGAGCAGGCAGGAUGGGAGGCCAGGGUCUAGUUCGAAGGGCCCGUCCAGCAACAUUCCAGUUCUGAGGAGAGAGAAGCGACGCAACCAGGUAGCGGCCGCUGCGGCAAACUUGGUGACUCGGAAUGAGGUUGAUGAUGGCCCGCAAGGACGAGGAAGACAAGCUGUUGACCCCAGAUGGGAUCCUUAUUCGGGAGAAAUCACAACCAGCGAAAAGGGGAAGCCACAGUCCGUGAAGCCAGGUCAAUUCACAGCACUUCGACCAGUCCACAAGGAAACUGGCAUUCCUCUGGGAAAUGACACCAAUGUCAGCUCGGGACCAAAAGCACAUACCUCUUUCGGAGACCGGGUUCGAAGGUUAAAAAGCAACACCACAGCACCAGUUGAGAAGCCAGAAUGGCAGGGAGCAACUCGGACUGGCCGUGCAGCGAUAGUAUCCCCAGUGGCUGAUCAAUUCAAUAUUCCACCACUCAACAUCCCUAGAAAAAGCAGCAAACGAGCUGGAUCAGACCUUGCUUCGCCUCAAUCUGGGUCGAGUACCCCUGUUUCGGUCAUCCGAUCUGGAGAUGGUGAAACGAGCCCUGCAUCACCAAACACCACUGAACACGUCGACCCCACCAUUCGCACUGUUCUUACAAACUCCGGUCGAAAUUCUCCACGCGUCACCAAUUCUCCAAUAACCAUCACACCGGAUCCUGUCGCCGUGAAUCAAUCACAAGCAACCAAGACUUUAGCACGCAAGCAAGUACCCGGGCCAACAGAGGUCACUCGACAACACACCAAGCAAGAAUCCACCGACUCGUACGAGCAACAAUUUCGAGAUAAUUACAAGUACAACGAGGUCUCUAUUCCAUCAAAUGAUUCGUCAGAACCAUACCAACAGCCACCAUCCCGCUUCAGCGUAACAACAUACGCCCCUUCCGAAGCACACGACUCACCAAGGCCCUCAACGGACACAUUUGAUCGUCCACCAAUGCCGACUCCGCCACAGAACUACUCCUCCUUUUCCUCCACCGCCCAACAGGCUUCCUCAAUCCUCGACCGCAAGCGCCCUAAAGUCGUCGAAUCCCAAAAACAAAAUGUCUCUCGAAAAGCAAUCCCUCCUUCCUCGCCAGUCUUCAUCUCAAUGUCCCCACCAAAUACCAACAAACGCUCCUCAAACAUUGCCAAGACCCUCCCCAUGACACCCGACGAAGCUCAAUCCCACGAUCUGGUCACCUCGCUUCAAGCGCAGCUCGACGACCUCGCGCAUCGGAGAGGUAACAUCACUAAAAGCAUAAGACAAAUGACGGAGCUCAUGCCGACGGAUAGUUUGGUGGUUACGGACGAAGUAAGACGGAAGAGGGAGAUGGAGAAGAUGAAGAUUGAGAGGCUGAAGACGGAGGAGGCGGAUGUAAGGAGGGAGGAGCAUGAUAUUGGACUUAGACUGCAUAGGGCAUGGAAGCGGAGGGAUAAGGAGGCUGUUUAUGAGCCGACGGGUUUGUGGGUUAGGCGGGUUACGGGGUAA